GUCACGAGCGGAACCAAAAUGGCGAACAUAGUGACAAGUAAAUGACAAUGAGUGAAAAGAAAAGACGAACUUGACGAUGUGAAGGAAAGAUUGAAUUAUGUUUCACUUUGAGAUAGUCAUAUACAAUCAUGGGUAAAUACGAACGGUAAUUUUGGCGACAGAGCCCCAUGGAACGGGUUCGACAAUUACUUGGCGCCUGUGAGCACGGGGAAGCCCCUGUAGCCCAAACCUUGUUAGAUGAAGGGGUUGAUGUGGAUUGUGAGGAUGACGAGGUGGGGAUCACGCCUCUUCAGACAGCCGCAGCAAAUGGACAUGACCACAUUGUACGUUUGUUAUUGAUGAGAGGGGCUGCUCUUAAUAAAACCAACAAUUAUGGCUGGACUCCACUAAUGCAUGCUUCUAGAAAUGGACAUGCCAAUGUUGUUGCAACAUUAUUGCAGCAACGUCAAGCAGACAUUAAUGCCAUCACAGGUCUUGGUGCAUCAGCACUCACUUUUGCUGCCAGAGGUGGGCAUAUUCAGGUAGUUCGGCAGUUGGUUGAGGCUGGUAUAGAGUUAUCUUCAUCAGGUGGUGCUAAUGAGUGUGAUUUUACCCCUCUACUGGCAGCAGCUCUCUAUGGACAUGAUGCAGUCUUACGAUUCUUGCUGGAUCGUGGUUGUGAUGUGAAUUUUAGGACGUCUACUUCAGGUUUAACACCACUGAUGGUGGCAGCAUUAAAUGGACACAUGAAGACAGCUCAGAUCUUGGUGGAAAGAGGAGCCGAUCCUAAUGUGACUAACGCCAAUAACAGAACAGCACUGGAUAUUGCCACUAUGAGAAUGAAGAGAGAGGUAGCUGCUUACCUGGAUAGAAAAACAACCAAUAAACCUGAGAGGGCUACAGAAGAAAAGAAACCAGACAUUAUUGAAGCAAUAAAAUUUGGGGAUAUUAAAAGAAUUCAGGCCAUAUUGGACCAAGAUCUGAGUCAGAGAGAUGCUUGUUCCCCAGAAGAGGGUGCCACCCCUUUGAUGUUUGCUUCAAUGGCCGGACAGUUAGACAUAGCCCAGUUACUAGUAGACCAUGGCUGUGAUAUGGACAAACAGGACACUAUCAGUGGGUGGACAGCACUUAUGCAGGCCACCUAUCAUGGGAGAAGACCAGUUGCCAUGUACCUGAUAGAAAAAGGUGCAGAUGUGACAAUACAAGCCAAGAAUGGAUGCACUGCAUUUGAUAUGGCUUCUCUCAUUGAUGAUGUGGACACUGACUUGCUCCGUCUUCUGGCUUCUAAAGCUAUGACUGUCAAUAAAGUGGACAAGUCAAAGAAGCACUGGUCUAAACAGAACGGUGUGUCUGUGUCUGCCUCCACAGAUUCAAGCAUUGAUGAUACGCAAAAGACAGGUCUUCGGGGAUGGUUGAGCAGAUUAUCAAACCGAUUCCGAAACAUUAAGAAAAUUAAUGUGACGAAUCGUCUAGCCCCGAUGCCAACUCUGGAAACCUCUAUAUCUGUCCAAGAUUUAUCCUUCAAAAAUAACUCUAGUCCCACAGUGCCAAAGAAAGUAAACAACUUUGUUGAUCCCAUACAAACUUCAUCUGUUACCAACUAUGGAACAAUGACUUUGGAAAAUAAGCAGAGUGCCUCCCGUUAUACUUUGGAUAUCAAUCCAAUGAAAUCCAGCCAGACGAGUGAUACACUGAAACCCGUCAUCCCUCCAUUUCUGCCCCAGCCCAGCUUUGCAAUCGAUGAGUCUCUCCCUGGCCGUCGAUCAAUGAGCACCUUAGGAUCAGACACUGCUAGUGCAAUCAUGCCAUCACCCAUCCGUCCAAUGAUGAAGCCUAUGAAAUUCUUGCCUCAGAAGAGUACUACAUUGAGUUCCAGUCCCAUUAGUCCAUCAAGCUCAGCACAGUUGUCCAAUGGCAACAGUAACCAUAGCAACCCUAGUCCAAGUUCCUCUGGAGAAUAUCAGCAGAAUGGAGUGUUCUGGAACCAGUCUAACAAAUCUCCAGGCAUUUUUGCCCCUCGGAAUCCCCCACAAAGACAAUUCUUUAAAAAGCCCUCCACAGUGCCCUCUGCUUUUAAAGCCACAUCCAACACAACUUCACCAAACAGUUCAACCAGUGGCAGUUCAUCUAUCACACCUCAGCGAUCACUUGGGAGGAGCACAUCAUCUAAAGGCAGUACCACAUCCACCCUCACCCCAUCUCCCUCCCCCACUCCUGGGAAGUAUGGAGAAGACCCCAAUCGUGUUCUUAGUUCACUUCAUGAAAAUGAUGGCUCCACUGAUGAACUUUCUGGCAUUCUGAAGAAACUAUCCUUAGAAAAGUACCAGCCUAUAUUUGAGGAACAAGAGGUGGACAUGGAAGCAUUCCUUACUCUGACAGACACAGAUCUCAAUGAACUGGGAAUCACGCAGACCCAGGCUAAAAACCAGAUACUGACAGCCAUAACAGAACUCAACACAGGAAAGGGUAAAGACAGACAACAGUUCAUUGACACAAUGACCUCAUUCCAAACAACUCUGAAGGCCAGAUCUAAUGACAGUCAAGCAAGUCUGUCCUCCUCUAGAUACCAGUGGAGAGAACCAAGUGAGCUGGGAAAUUCCUGACAGCCAGAUGUGUACUUGGGAGAAAUGCAUUAAGAUGAUGGACACACCUGUUACCUGUUGAACUGGAGUCCUAUACCAGGUACUCUGCUGACAAUUUUCCAUCAUCUAGCAGUUGCAUUGUUCAUUGUCACCACCAGUCAGUGUUGGACAGAACAUACAUUUAUGUACUGUUGGGCUUUGAGUGGAAGGUCGACAACGGAGAAAUUUGCUUUGUUGUAAUUGAUAAGUACAGUGUACUUUGAAGGUCAGCUGAUUUUAGUGUGAUAAUGCUCUCCAAGGUGUUCAUACCAAGAACAAAAGCAAAUUUACUCAUGGAGCUAUGAAAAGUAUUGUAAUUAUAGUGAUAAAUGUUAGUGGAAAGCAAUAUAUGAAAUUGCUGACAGAAGGUUUUUCCCUUCUUUGCAUUUAUGUUGCAAAUGAUUAUCAAUCAGUUAGUACUGUUAAUGUGCAUUUUAUGUUUGUGUGUGUGUGCAUCCCUAUCUUGUUUAGGAAACACCAUAUCAAAAAUUCCUCUUGAUCUUUCAAUUGUUCAACUAUUACAGAAAAAAACUAGGUUGUUACAAAGAAGUCCUGAAGUUCAAAGUGUCGAAAUGUUUCAGACAUAGAAUUUUUUUGAACAUAUAUUCAGAGUAUUUGUCAAUUGUAUCCCAGUAUAAUAAGAGUCAUAUACUGUAAUUAUCAAUCAAAUGAAAAUAUGUUGGUUUCUUUAUUCAAAGUACUGUUCUUUCAAAACAUACCAAUAAAAUGAUUGCAAGAGUGUGAAAUUAAGAAGCAUAAGUCAAAGACUGCAGUUAUUAUAACUGGACAAAUUUACAUUGCCUUUGAUUUGAAUCAAGGUUCAAGGCCACUAGCAAACAGUGGAUAAAAUUUUUUCAUGCCAAUACAGGAAUAGUAAUGCCACAUUUUCAAUAGAAGUACUAGAUACUUUUAGUGUAAAAGUUUGAGGUUGUAUUAAAAACACUAUCAUAAUUUUUGUCUAUCAUUUUUAAAAGAUCAAUGUAUGUGAAAUAUCACAGUGACAAAUGUCUAGAUUUGAGGAGAUGCUUUUUUGUCUGUAAAUGUGUGUAGAAAUGUAGGAUUGUUGAUGUCAACACGAGGUGCCCAUUAGAUUCAUAAUUUAUUGCAAUGAAGAGUCAGUUCAGGAAAUAAUGCAUACAUUUAUUUAACUUAUAUUUGUGAUAUUUUAGAUUUUUAUUGAUUUUGCAGUAUUUGUUUUAUAUCCAAUGUAUGCAAUACAUUAUAAUCAUGUCUGCAUUUAAGUUCUGUUGUGAUUUUGUGUUUUCCUAUUUGACCUCACUGCUUGAAAAAUCGGUGAAGUAUAUUUUUAUUAUCAGAUUUAUUACUACAUGUAGUAGCAAAAUGUUCGUCAUAUUUCAAAGGAUUUUUUUUCCUGUUUUUACAUGUUAUGCAAAGUGCUCGUUUUGUUGCUUUAAAGUAUUUUAUAAACUUUGUGUUCAGUUUGUUGUUUUAUCGUAAGUUUUUGACAAGUAAGUGACAUGCUUUAUGUUUAUACAUUUGUUUGACAUUCAUUUUCCUCAACAGUUCAUUUAAUUUGUACUGCUGUGUAUUUGUUUAUUGUUUUAUAUCAUUAUACACUCUGUACCUUAUCAGGUACUUUUGUAUUUGAUUAGAUUUCUGACAUGACAAUGCCAGUUGCAUUCAAUUUUUUAUAUUUCUUGUUUUGGUGGCCUUCCAAUGCCAAAAAAAAUUAGUUUCUAUCAGAAACAUCUCUCUAUGUCACUCCCUGUGUAUUAAUUAGAACAUAAUUAAUGUUAAUAUUUUGUUAUUGAUGGUCCGUCCCUUUUGUAAUUGUUGUAACUCUUAUAAAGUAAUCCAUGGCACUGCUGAAAAUAUAUUUUACAUGUGUUGGACAUUUAACUUACUAAUCAAAUUUUGUUUCAAUCAGUUAUAAUUAUGUCAUAGGAUAUUAUUUAGAUAUGAAAAUAAGUCUCUAAGGUCAUGCUUUAGGCCAUUAUUUUAAUGAGUAUGAAUGGAUUUUCAUAAUGGAAACAGAUAUGAUUUGAUAUGACAGUCAUUUUUAGAGUUUUAGUAAAUUGAAAAUAUCAUGGAAUUAUGGAUUUUUUCCCCAAAUAUUCUUGUAACUGCUCUAGUAUCAUUUUUCUUAUGAAAAUGAACAUUUUAUAAUCAAAUUCAAAGGUACAGCAUGUACCAUAAAGAAUCAUUUCUUCUAUACUUACAGUAUAUAUGUUUCUAUAUAUGUACAUAUUAUUUUAUCAUGAACAAAAACAUGUAAUGAUAUCCAAACUUAAUAUGCUUUAUGUCAUCUUUUUAAAGAUGUAGGUAUUUUUACAAAGUAUUUUCAGGUGUAUGUGGUAAUUUUUCAAAUUCUUUUAUAUAAAUCUGCUUACCAAAAACCGUCCCUUACCACCAUUUUUUUUUAAAUGCCUUGAAGAAUGUGAUAAAGGCUUCAUGUGAUAUUUAUUGUGAUUUCUGUUAUAGACAAUUAUUCUUUGUUCACUUAAUAUGAUAGUUAAGACAAGUCUCAAAACAUUGUAAGCUGUUGAUUUACAAUUCCUAUGUUAGUUUUUACACUAUGGAUUAUAACUGAGUGAAUAUAACAGUUCAGUAUACUUAUACAACAUUGACAAAGCCAAAUACUCCUACAGAGUACAGCUGUUCAUCCAUCAAAGUUAUGUUCUACGCAACUGCUGUGUAAUACUGGUAAACUUCACCAUAUCUGUGUGUUAACAUCCAAUAAACAAAAGUGACAAAAAGUA